AUAUGUGACAUAAUAAUGUUUUGAUAAGUAAAUAGUUACUUGUUAAAUUUAUUAUAAUAAUUUAAUUUUGAAAAUUAAUCUAACGUCUUCGGUGAAUUCGGUGUUAUGACAUCAUAAUAAUAAUAUGAUACUAUAAUAUUACCUACGAUAUACAUUUAUGUGCGAACGACUAGAAACUGUACGAAGGGAUUGAAGAAGGACAUUUGAACAACGCGCGGAUCAUUCGCAACUCAUGCCUAUUAAAUUAAUCUUUUUUCUCGCAGUCUCAUCAUUUUUAUUUUAUUAAUUUUUGUUUGCAUAAACGGUCAAGUAUUUUAGUACGCCUUGUGUACUGUUUACCUUUCAAACAUCCAAAUUACUCUGGUCGUCUAACAGUUUGUAAACGUUCCACUGAGAACUUAAUAUUAUAUCGUUAGUACUUAGUAGUUAUCAUGUAGAAAAAGCCAUGCUACAGUAGUCCUUUUUUCUUUUUAAGUAUGGACUCAAUUGUUUCUAACAGUAGCGGGUAUGAUCAAUCUGUUGACUGGGUACCAUUGUCUUUGACGUUUGUUGAAUAUCCAAAGGGAGAUGUAUUUGGAAAAUUAUUGGCACUGUUUAGUUUGACACCCUUUGUGAUUCUAUCUGGUUUUGUUUCAUUAAUUCUAUUUCGUCGUGAUUUACACACGAUAACUUUUUUCAUUGGUGUGUUACUUAAUGAGAUAUGCAAUACAGUUCUAAAACAUAUAUUACGUGAACCUAGACCCUUAGCAAGAAAUACAAAUCUAUUGUACUCGGAAUAUGGCAUGCCUUCGUCUCAUUCUCAAUUUAUGUGGUUUUUUGCAUCAUACAUGUUAUACUUUACUUUUAUAAGGUUACAGUAUGCUAAUAACAAGGCAUUUAAAGAGUUCUUCUGGAAAGUUGCUGGAGCUGCAUCAUGUAUUGCUAUUGCCUGUAUAGUUUCUUAUAGCAGAAUAUUUCUACAAUAUCAUACAUGGAAGCAAGUAAUAUAUGGAGCACUAUUUGGUAUUAUUAUAGGUACUGUUUGGUUUACCAUAAUUAAUGUGGUACUGACUCCCUAUUUUCCAACAGUUAUAUCAUGGAAAAUAUCAGAACUGUUUUUGUUAAGAGAUACUACAUUAAUUCAUGUCUUAUGGUUUGAAUAUACAAAUAUUCGUCAUGAAGCAGGAGCUAGAGCCAGGCGCCGAAAAUCGAUUUCUGCAAAAUCUCAAUGACUAAUAUUUUAAAAGGAUUAAAAUAAUAACAAUAUAACUGACCUGUCCAAGUAUUUAUAACCAUUUGAAAUGGUAAAUACAUGAUAUACUGUUAUUUUUAUCAAGUAUAAUGCUUGUUUAAGUAUGAUUAUAAUAGCUCUAUAAUUUAUCAUUUAUAAUUGAUAAUAUCUCAUACUAUUUGACUGUUUGUACAAUGAUUGAUUUAUUUAAAAUCUUUAUAUCAGGUUGCAUGAACAAUCACUAAACAUUUAAUAAAUCUAUAGUUUGAUUGUCCCUUAAACAUUAUUUAUUGGCCUAUAAUUAGUCCAUUAAGUUUUUUAAAACACUAAAUUAAUCAAUUGUUCGUGUGACCUAGCAUUAGUGUGUUAAUUUUGAAUAGUAUGCACACAAUAAAUACAAUAUUAUUUAUUUUAACAUAAAAAUAACUUGCACAAGUACAAAACUGUAUUUCAAUUAUUUCAAAUGUUCUGUUAUUUAUUUUAUUAUUAUAUGAUUGAAUACAUUCAACUAGUAACUAAUUAAUUUUAUUCUAUAUUUUGUAAAACUGAGUUAAACUUUAAAAUUAAAUUCUAGAUUUAUCUAUUUUAAUUUGGUUCAAUUCACAUUUCAAUACUGAAUAGUCUAACACUACAAUCAAUAACAUUAUUUUCAAUUUCAAUUUUUGAUAGUAUACUAAAGUAAAUAUAUAUGUAUAAUAUAAAAUAAUAUAAUAUAUGUACAUAAUAUGUUUAACUGUGUUACUUUUUUGAAUGUAUUCAUAUAUGCAAUAUUAGGUUAGAGUAAUAGAGUUAAAAAUGUACAGUAAUAAAUUGUUGAUUAUCUACAUUAAUUUAUAGUAUUUAAGAGAAGAGUGGGUAAUCACUUUUUAAGAAUAGUCAAUGUUUAAAUUGUACUUUCUAUAUUAAAUUAAAAUGUUUUAUUUAUAAUUUAUUAUUUUCUCUGUAUAGUAUACGUUGACGUUUAUAUGAUUAAAUAUAAUAUAAUUUUUAAAGUACAUAAUAUAAGUGUUUUUAAAUUAAAUGUUUUUAUUAAUUAAAUUGAAAAUGUAUUAAGUAUAGAAGAUUAUUAUUUAAUAAGUCUCAUACAAGGUCAACAUUGUAUUACUUGUAUUUUAUUACAUUUAAUGGUAAAGAUGAUUAUGCAUAAUAAUGCAAUAAUAUGAAUUAUAACUAAUAGUAAAUUUACCUGUGUAUAUUAAGAAAACACUGUAAAAACAGUUUCCUUAUCACCAGUUCAAAAAGAAUUAAGUAAGAACUAUAGAACCUAUGUAAAAGAUAUUUUGAAUCAACCCGUUGAUUAAGAUAGCUAUAUUCUAUUUUUAAUAAAAUAUUAUGUCAACAGCAACAUAUUAUGAUUUAUGAAAUCAAUAAAAAUAAAUAAACCUAAGGUAAACUAUUUUCUUUUAAGCUCAA